AUGUAAGCAAAUCAAGUUGUGGAACCAAAGAUGGAUUAAUAAUAAUUCAAAGAUAUACUUAGAAACCUGAUUUAAGAAUUUAGUCAAUUUGCUUCAGAUAGAUUAGAAUAGGAAUAGAAUAAUUAAAAAGCUUGGAUUGAAUCCCAAUUCAAGAUAACUUAAUCAAUGAAUAUAGUUUUUGAAUGUUGUGUAUCUAGACAGAAGGUGAAAGUGCCUGUUUCUUUUACUCAAUGUAUCAAUAAUAAAAAACAUUUUGAUGAUUACUUUGAUUUAGAGUAGUUGAUAGUUUAUAUUAAUAUUGUGAACAAUAAGUAAGCAAAAGUGAUAUGUCCUUCUUGCAAAGACUAAAUUAAAAUUCCAAAACUAGCAAACACCAUUGAUAUUUUAAAAGAAAUUCUUCGACCUCAUAUAUUUAUCUAUAAUCUAAGGAAGCAGGUAGGUAUUUAUCCAAAAGAUAUUAUUUAUUACCACAAAUAAAAGUUAAUAAUUCCAUUUUAUAAAGGGAAAUAUUAAACUUACUUUAACCAACACUAUCAUGAAGAGAAUUUUGGGAUUGAGCCCAUCCUACUUCAAUAACCCAGAGAAGAGAAUCAAUUUAUUGCAAUCUCAAAGAAGCUCAAUGAUUAUACUGGUUGUGAUUUUGUGAAUGUGUGUCUCAUAUCAUAGGUAAGAGUCAAUAUACCUGUAAGAGGUACGAAAUGUGUUCAUUAUGAAUCAUAUGACUUGAUCGCUUUGCAUAAACAUUUAUUUGAGUCAGAAUCUAAAACGAUGAAUUGUAUAAUGUACGGUUGUCAAUCAGUGUUUGAUUUGAAAUCUCCAGAAUCUAUUUAGAUAGACUUCCAGUUAUUAUAGGCAGGAAGAGAAGGACUAAGUUUUUCAAUUAACUUCACAUAUAUACCAAAUAUCCAGAAACUGAGUGAGAUGUUGUAUCAUAGACAAAGAGACGAUAUCAUUCUUUCAUAUAAAGUAGGGAAGUCCUUGGAAGCUAAUUUGGAAUAUUUAAAUAAGAUAUAUGAAAUAGCUGAAUCUAUAUUUGUUAAUAAUGAGAACAAUAAAAAGUAGACAGAAUCAUUUUUGAAAUUACAAAAUACCAAGAUUCCAAAUCUUGAUGAUUUAUUGGUAAUUUGUCCAAUAACUAAUUAUGGCAUAGAAUUACCAGCUAGAUGUAGAAAUUGUAUAGGUUUAAAAGUGACAGAUUUGCGUUAUUUAGCUUGUAUAUUGAAUUAAGUUAAAAAUGAGAAGGAUGUUGAAGGUGUUAAAAAAGUUUAAAAAGAAUGUCCCCUUUGCAAUUCACCAUUCUCUGCUACAGUUAAGCCUCCACUUAAAUUUAUUGAUUAGAUCUACAUCGAUGUUAAGAUGAUGAAAUUCUUCUUAUAAAAUCCAUUUUAUUAAAGAACUGUCUAAGCAUAUCAGUAGUUUUUAAAAUAAUAAUAAAAUGGAGAUGGGUAAGGAUAUGUGCACAUAAAAAAAAUAAACAUUCAAGAAUCCAAAUGUUGGGGAGUUGCAAUCAAUAUGUAUAAAUUAAAUUUAAAAUGUAUAUUAACAUCAAAUCAAAUCAAAGUACCAGUAAGAUGCACUAAAUGUAUUAAUCAUUAUGAUUGUUUUGAUAAGGAAUCACUUGAAGAAUACUAGAUGAAGGUAGGAAAUUUGGAAUAAAUUUGUUGUCCAAAAUGUGGAUAAAAAUUUGAAUCCAUUUCUAACUUCUAUAUUGAUUCAGAUUUACAUUACAUUUUUUAAAAACAUCCAGAUGGCAUUUAAUCUAAAAACUCUGCGUACAUAGAUAUAACAAGUAAAAAAUUAACUCUAGUCUGA